UAUGCAUGUCAGCAGUGCACGCAGAAACGUGGCGGUAUUAUUCAUCGUGCACCAGGUGUAAUGCAUUGCACAUGUUGAUAGUCAGCGAGGAGCAGCGGUGUGCUCUGUUUACCUUCUGCAGAAAGGUACAACCCUAUGGGGCCUUCCAGUAUAUUCUGAACUAGCGAGUCUGAAUGCUCUGGAGUCUUUUUUUGUCUCGGGAACUAACAUUUGCCUCUCAUUUCACAUCACAUUUCAAGUCACAGGAAGACCAGCAAUUGUGAUCGUUCAUUCUUACUCUGGAUACUCCGCCCUGUUGGGAAACUUGGCCUGUGCUGCAGUCAGAUUUAUCCUUGAAACCUCAGGUGACGUCACCACCCACCAUGAGAUCCUUGCGUCGAUACCAUUCACUAGCCACCGGUGCCUUGAUCAUGUUCACAUUUGACCGCAUCGUUUUGCCUUACUUUACCUCGACCUUAUCUCAGUCCAGUCCGAGUCUUGGCAAGACAAGAGUAUACAGAUUCAAUGGAAGGCAGAUGCAGCAACUUCAUGAGUUUUGUACUUGGACAGUCCGCACUGAUUGUGUUCUUCUGAAGACCGCGUCCGGAAAGACGCCAAUUCACAUACAUGACAUUGUGAUUGACCAUUCGGUGUCUAAGGACAUUAAACUGAAAGGAACAUGGGAAUCUGAAAACAUCGACCUUGUCUUAUCCGAAUUAAAGAAAGACCCUGAACUUGGGUUCAUGGAUGUAGGGGCUCAUGUUGGCGCCUUCUCCUUGUCUGUGGCCAAGUUCGGGAGGAAGGUCGUGUCUGUGGAUCCUCUCGUAGAGAAUGUCCUGAGGCUAUGUAAGUCGAUCCAGAAAGGGGGUUUCACGGACAGGAUGACAAUCUUUUUUAAUCCUCUUGGUGCAAACCAUUCCCUGGUGAAUUUUGAACGCCCAGAAGAAGGUAAUUUGGGAGGUACAAAGGUGGUGGCAUCGUCUGGGUCUUCUUCUCCGUCACCAUGCCAUGAACCCACCGACACGUAUACGAUAACCCUUGACAAUACAUUACCCUACCUGCCAUUUAAAAAAGCUGUUCUAAAAAUUGACGUAGAAAAUUAUGAAUAUUUUGUUCUCAAAGGUGCUGGAAAGUUUUUCGAGGAGAUAGAGGUGCCUGCGAUUCUAAUGGAAUGGGUAUUCAAGAAAAACGAUGUCAAUGGUAAACACCUAGUAGCUUUAUUAUCAAAUUGGGGUUAUUCUGCAUACGAACCAACUAUUGGAGGCAAGAAACUCGACCUUGAUCGAUUCCAAAACUGGAAAUAUCUUGAUGUCCUUUGGAAAAAAGUAAACGUUUGAGCACCAGCACCCAAUCAUCUCUUAUCUAAACUGCCCAUGGAAUUUUGUAAAGAAUGUAUGCAUCUUGGUAGGUCUGUACCGAAUUUAAAGGCAUUCAUAGAAAAUAAAUAUGUAUGCUAAGAUAAUUAAAUAUUGAUAUAAAUGAUCAAAUCUCCAUCAUAAUAAUACCCUUAACCAGGUUCCAUCUAUGUAGCUUGUGUCCACCAACUCCAACACCCCUAGAUCUGUGAAGCUCAUCUCCAUUUUGAAAGGCACUUUGACCAUGGUUUCGUUCUGAAACGGUCGUGUUCGCCAGUUAUCGCCUUUGGUUGACCAGAUCGACGGUAUUUGUCUUUCGAUAUUGUGAUUGUACUCUCCUUAUUAUUGACUGUGAAACGUUAAACGAAAGUAUAAAGUAAUGUUUCUAGUUCGCCUGGGUCAUCUAUGUGUACAGAUACUUCUACAUACAACGUAUGUAGUAGAAGAUCCGAUAUAUGAUAUGCUGCAACUUGUACAUCAGUAUAACCUUAGCCAGUAUAACUAUGUCAACAAUUGUCUUAUUAAGAAAUGCUGGUCCAAGGCCGUAAAUGAUGCUAUUAAUCUCAUCGAGACAAUUUAUUCUAUGUUCAUCUUAUUUCAUGACUUCUGUCAAGAUAUGUCAGUAUAAGAUCCAGUAAUGAACACUAUCUCUCGAUGCUAGCGGCAGAGAAGAAGUACCAGUUAACUGAUAUUGCACGAUUUGUAUUCUAUGGAUCAGCUGAAAUUGUUUCCAGAGAACUGUAUUGUCAAACUGUUGUCAAUAACAUUGUAAGCACGUGUUUAUGUUUGUUUGAUCAAUAUGAAUGACCAACAUGUACUCUUCAAUACCACAUGUGAUACUCUGGAUGUAAAUACUUUUGUUAAGUUCUGGGAGAGUGAUAAUGUUAUUCUUGCAUUUUACUUGGUCGAUGUCCAAAAGAAUGUAUUUAUAGAACUAGAAAGAGAUGUGUGGACAAAAGGAAUUAUUAACGUAAGCCAUAUUAUAAGGAAAUGGCGAUACCUGCUAAGACGCUUGUAUGUAUAUACAUGUAUAUGAACAUUCUUAACUAUAUGUCAAUAAUCCAUGUUAAUCAUAUAAUAUAACUUAAAAUUAUAUUAUAGUAUGACUGCAUAUUGUAAUUUUCAUUCAACAAGGGAAUAAAGAAUAUCUCAAU